UACAACGCACACGUUCAAGCUAAAAGCAGUCACGCACCAUCCUUCAAUUGCCCUGGCCUCUCACUCUCUCGGCUAUCUGCAAGCGAAGAAACAGAGAUGGACGACCGACGAGGAGCGCCGCGCCGACCACCGCCUAGGGCUACGACUGCACCACACCUCGGUGCCUUCAGUCUGCUCCUCACCUUAGUCGCUCUCCAUGCCACAUUUUGUCUGCACGUCUGCAUGUCUAAAAAUCAAAAGGUGGGAGUAGCACCUAUUGAAGACAAGAUGCGGGAGUCUCGCCUACAGUGGUUUGGUCAUGUGCGUAGAGACCGAGUGAUGCACGUGUCAGACGUGUUGAGAUGUGUGGAAAAGAGGCAGAGAAGAGAGGGAGAUCGAGGAAGACCCAAACAGACGUGAGUUAGGGCAGUCCGAAGUGAUAUACUUCUUCUUGGAUUGGAUGAGGGUAUGACUUUGGAGAGAGCAAAGUGGAGGACGGAUAUUCGUGUGAAGGAGUGAUCUCGUAUUAUUAUUAUUUCCCCUCAUCUUUUUUCUUCUUGUUUUUUAUUCUUUUAUCCUUAUAUAUAAACAUUAUUUUUAUCCUUUUUAUUUUAUCAUUUAUAAGUAUAUUCAUCCCGUUUUAUAUUAUCUUUUUUAUAAUAGCUUUUUUUAUCUUUAUUUUCUUUCUUUUCCUUUUGGUGGUGUUAUCAUGUAUCGAUUCAUGUUAGUCGACCCCAAUAUCUUUUGGGACUAAGGCUUGAAUGUUGUUGUUGUUGGUCAAUGUAAAAAAAGUGUUACAC